AUGGAAGUCAAAGCCGCUUCCGUCAGAGUCUGCCCCCGCCCUCGAGGAAGCCUCCUGACCUACUCCCCUCCUCCGCCUGUCAGCCUAGACCAAGCCCUCGUCAAGUCGCUCUUUCACCUCACCCAGGGCGAGGCGGCUCAGACCGUCGGGAUCUCUCUGUCCUCCCUCAAGCUAGCUUGCCGUCGCAUGGGCAUCCGGAAGUGGCCCUACAACCGACGCUGCUCCUCCAAGAGGACCGACGCCUCCAGCAUCCCCGGCAGACACGACGACGACGACGAGGCCAUGCGCGCUAGUGCUCGAGGAAGACCGUACUGGCUGGACUCGAGCUUGGAGGAGCUGCUGGACGAGAGCCUGCUGCAUGUGACGACAGGGAAGGGGCUAUAG